AUUCCUAUUCCUUUCACUUUUCACCUUUCACCUCUUCCUUUAUUAUUAUAUUCCACUUUUAUUUAGAGAGAGCAACCCCUCCCCUCGGAUCCUUCUUGAAAAAUCUCCGUUAAUAUUCAUCACAAGACAGCAAGAAUGUCUUCAAGUGGAAGUGGUUAUGGCAAGGAUUUUCCAGGAGAAGGAUCCCGAAGCAACAUUGAUCCCAGAGAAUAUCAUCACCAUUUUCAACUUCAACCACAGCAGAGUCCGGCUAAUACACUUAGCCGGUACGAGUCGCAAAAGAGGAGGGACUGGAACACUUUCGGCCAAUACCUGAAGAACCAAAGGCCAUCAGUUGAGCUUGCACAGUGCAAUUGCAACCAUGUCCUGGACUUCCUAAGGUACCUUGACCAGUUCGGAAAAACAAAAGUUCACAACCAAGGUUGCAUGUUUUAUGGGCAGCCGGAACCCCCGGCGCCCUGCACCUGUCCUCUUAGGCAGGCCUGGGGCUCCCUAGACGCUCUUAUAGGGAGACUCAGGGCUGCCUACGAGGAAAAUGGUGGCUCUCCGGAGACUAAUCCUUUUGCCAGCAGCGCCAUCCGUGUGUACCUCCGGGAGGUUAGGGACUGCCAGGCUAAGGCAAGAGGCAUCCCUUACAAGAAGAAAAAGAAGAACAAUAACAAAGGGAGUGCUGAACAAUCAAGCUCUUCUUCUCCCUCCUCCACUAUCCACUUCUCUUGAACCAACAUGUUUCCAUUAUUGGAUAUAAUAUGUGGCGUAUAAACUUGAUAGGAGCAAAUGUCUUAAAGAAGUUUCCUGUUUUGUUGAUUAUUAUAAUGGUU